AUCGAUCUAAUGACAGGGCUAUGGUGGCGCCAUCCAAUGUGCUGCUCCAUGAAUGAUAUCCCGCUCAGCUCUCCAACCUUCCCUUUUAAUAUUGUUGAGCGCUUUUAUCAUUGACCUAUUCUCAGCGGGAGACUAAUGUCGCGCUGAAGGGCUGAUCACGGUACACCUGGAUAAAUGCACAUUCCAGACGGAAACAGAAGCACAGACAGCAUGCCGACUGAGCCCAACCUGCCAGACGGGGUGAGCAGUAACUGUGCCAUCUGUGGAGACAAAGCCACGGGGAAACACUACGGAGCCUCCAGCUGUGACGGAUGUAAGGGCUUCUUCAGACGCUCCAUACGCAAGAGCCACGUAUACACCUGCAGGUUCAGCAGGCAGUGCAUUGUGGAUAAAGAUAAGAGGAACCAGUGUCGUUUCUGCAGACUCAACAAAUGCUUCAGGGCUGGCAUGAAGAAAGAAGCCGUACAGAACGAGAGAGAUCGGAUCAGCUCCAGAAGAAGUAUCCCUGACUCCCAAGACUUGCCCCCCAUUACUAUUUUGGCUCAAGCUGAAUCACUGGCCCAACAGGUCAUUGCUCCACUCGGAUUAACAGACAUCUCGGAGCAGAAGUCGGCCACUGUGGGAGAUGUGUGUGAUUCAAUGAGACAACAGCUGUUAGUGUUGGUGGAGUGGGCCAAGUACAUUCCUGCAUUUGGAGAACUGCCAUUGGAUGACCAGGUGAGUUUGCUCAGGGCUCAUGCAGGUGAACACCUUUUGCUCGGGGUCGCUAAAAGGUCAAUGCCAUUCAAGGACUUCCUGCUUUUAGGAACUGGCUGUGUGAUCCACAGGAACAGUCCUGAGCAGGAGAUGUUUAAGGUUGCUAACCGAGUGCUGGGUGAGCUGGUGCAUCCCUUUCAGGAUAUUCAAAUAGACGAUAACGAGUAUGCAGCGCUCAAGGCUAUCGUCUUCUUCGACCCAGAUGCAAAGUCUUUGAGGGACCCGUCGAAGAUCAAGGCCAUCCGUCUGCAGGUCCAGAUGAGUCUGGAGGACUACAUUAAUGACCGUCAGUAUGACUCCAGGGGUCGUUUUGGAGAGCUGCUGCUCCUGCUGCCCACCCUGCAGAGCAUCACCUGGCAGAUGAUCGAACAGCUCCAGUUCAUUAAGCUCUGCGGCCUGGCCAAGAUAGACAACCUGCUGCACGAGAUGCUGCUGGGAGGCCUCACGUUGGAGCCCACACACCUGCACCACCCGACACACACCCAGCUGACACAGGACCCUCUGACUGGACACACACUGGUCAUCAGCACCAUGCCUGUCACUCACAGUCCACAGAUUGCCUCUCCUGACACUCCCAUCCCAUCACCCAGCCCCCCAGAGAAGUACAAACACUUCCCCCAGCCCCUCUGUCCUCCAGCCAGCCCCUCACCCUCACAGACAGAUCUCUGACCUGCACUCUGUCAGAGAGCGUGACACGGGCACGGUGUCCUCUAAACAUGCGUGGUCAUGGUGUAAAGAUUAUGAAACCUCCCUGUUCCGUGGUUAGACUUUACCCUGCCUCUCCCCCCUGUGACUCCUGCUCAUGUUGCAACAACUACUCAGAUGUAAUAAAAGCUACAAUUACUUAAAUAUCUCACUUUCCGGUGCAUACUGCUGGUUACCUAAACAAAUACAACAGUAUCUCUGUUUUACAACUAGAUAUUCUUCUUUUAAACACCUCAAAUGUUUUUGAUUGUUUGCUUGACUAAUGUUCUGCUUUAUUAGGCACAUAUUUGCAGAAAAAUGGCCCCUGGGCACAUGUUUCUUUAGGUCUAUCUAUACCGCAAAGACUGCAACGGCGAGUUCUGACAAAGAGUAAAAGUACAAGUACUAGCUUAAAAAAACUGCAAUGAAAUGAUAAUAAUCAAGGCCUGCUGUCAACAAAUCCCUCCUGCCAUCAAAUACAAAUUGAAUGUUUUGUUUUAUACAUUAUGAAUGAAUGUAUACAUCAGUCAUUGUGUAUGAAAUGUGUGUGACAUUCAGGGACAUUGUUGCUUAUUUUCAGGAUUUAAGUUGUCUAUCCAAAAAGACUCUGAAAGUUUACUGGUUUGUAUUUAAUACUGGGCCAUGAAUACAUAUAUCAUACACUAUGGUGCUAGUAUUUUAAACAUACAUGUAUUCAGCAGCUAAAAUACAAUAUAAAUGGGAACAGAGUGGCCAGAGUAAACAUGAUAUUACCAACAAUCUUAUAAUUUAUACAUACUGUACAUUUGAAAGAACUCAAGUGAAAUGCAAAAGGAAUAUGGAUAAAUUGUAACUUGUUAUUGUAUAUAGACAAAUGGAAGUUUGUGGAAUAUAAAAGUGUUUUGCUAUUUUACAUUUCUAGAAUCAACUGUGUAUUUCUUUGAUAAUGUGUAUAUUUCUUCAUUUAUGCAGUAAAUUGUUUAAAAUGCCAUUUUGACUAUUUGGUUUGAAAUGAAUUAAUUGAAUGUGGGGUCAGACCAGUCUAUGGGUCAGACCUACAGUGAGAGACACAGUGUGUUGUGGCUCAGUAGCGCCCUCUUGCUGUCACAAGAGGAAAUACAGCAUUGUACUAAAUGUAAAUUGACUACUUAUUGUAUACAGUGUGCAUCAUUUGAAAACCAUGUGUUAUAUAAGAAUGCAUUGAUUCAUUUUUUUGUAUAGGACUAAAUAAAGUGU